CGGAGCCGCAGCCGCAGCCGCCUCCGGCCCCGCCGCCGCAGUGGAGCGGCGCCGAGCGGCAGCCGCCGCCCUGGACCGACGAGCUGGCGGAGAUGUCCCGGCACAUCUACACCCGCCACGGGAUAGGAGACGGGCUGCAGAAGCCCGUGUUCCAGGCGAACCGAGGGACGUACUCCAGACGGAGCCGCCUGAAGAGGUCCGACGGCAGCACCACCUCCACCAGCUUCAUCCUCAGACAGGGCUCAGCGGACUCCUACACGAGCCGACCGUCGGACUCAGACGUGUCUCUGGAGGAGGAGAAGGAGGGCGGCCGGCAGGAGCGGGAGCAGCAGGCCGCCGUCCAGCUGGACAGAGCCAAGACUAAAGCGGUGGCGUUUGCCGUUCGGACCAACGUCAGUUACUGCGGCGCCCUGGACGAGGACGUCCCCGUGGCCGGGACCGCCGUCUCCUUCGAUGCCAAGGACUUCCUGCACAUCAAAGAGAAGUACAACAACGACUGGUGGAUCGGCCGCCUGGUGAAGGAAGGCUGCGACAUCGGCUUCAUCCCCAGUCCGCUGAAACUGGAGAACAUCCGGCUGCAGCAGGAACAAAAGAGAGGACGCUUCCACGGGAGUAAGUCCAGCGCGAACUCCUCCUCCAGUCUGGGAGAAAUGGUGUCCGGCACCUUCAAGCCAAACCCCAACGCUGCAGGAAAGCAGAAGCAGAAAGUGGCCGAGCACGUCCCUCCGUAUGACGUGGUUCCCUCCAUGAGGCCUGUGGUCCUGGUGGGACCUUCCCUGAAAGGCUACGAGGUGACGGACAUGAUGCAGAAGGCGCUGUUCGACUUCCUGAAGCACCGCUUCGACGGCAGAAUCUCCAUCACCAGGGUAACCGCCGACAUAUCGUUGGCCAAGAGGUCAGUACUAAACAACCCCAGUAAGAGGGCCAUCAUUGAGAGAUCCAACACCCGCUCCAGUCUUGCGGAGGUCCAGAGUGAAAUCGAGCGGAUCUUCGAGCUGGCCCGGUCUCUGCAGCUGGUGGUUCUGGACGCAGACACCAUCAACCACCCGGCUCAGCUCAUCAAGACCUCUCUGGCGCCCAUCAUCGUCCACGUCAAGGUCUCCUCGCCAAAGGUCCUGCAGCGGCUGAUCAAAUCCAGAGGAAAGUCUCAGAGCAAACACCUGAACGUGCAGCUGGUGGCGGCAGAGAAGCUGUCCCAGUGUCCCUCUGAGAUGUUCGAUAUCAUCCUGGACGAGAACCAGCUGGAGGACGCCUGCGAACACCUGGCGGAGUACCUGGAGGCGUACUGGCGUGCCACACACACCUCGCUCAGCACGCCGCUCAACCCCCUGCUGGGACGCAACCUGGGCUCCACGGCGCUCUCCCCGUACCCCGCCGCCAUCCAGGCUCAAAGGAACCGGAACAGCAACCACAGCACGGCGGAGCCGCCGGCGGCGGAGCGCCGCGGCCUGAUGCCCGCCGACGAGAACUACCACAACGAGCGGGCGCGCAAGAACCGCAACCGCCUGUCGUCGGGCUCGCAGCACAGCAGGGACCACUCGCCUCUGGUGGAGGAGGACUACCAGGACGCCUACCAGGACGCCUACAAGCCCCACCGUAACCGGGGGUCCCCGGGCGGCUUCGGCAGCCAGGACUCCAGGCACCGGCUCUGAACCGGCGUCUCCCCGGCUCCCCGCCGCCAGCGCAGGAGCCCCGUUCAUCGGCUGGGACCACCUCUCAGUCCAGUGUGGUGCCUGACCCCUGACCCACCCAGCCAGGUGCCUGAACCCCCCCCCCCCCCGCCCCCGCCCCCCCACCAAGCGAGUGUUUCUCCGUACAGUCCGGCUCCUGCUGUCGUGUAGCACAAGAGUCUGGAGGUUGUUGUAAAGGGAAGGACGGAGUUGGACCUGCACCCAGACCCAGACCCGGACCCGGACCCGGACCUGGACCCGGACCCGGACCCGGACCUGGACCCGGACGAGCAGGAUCUCCUGGACCCUCAGCUGUUACUGUAGCAUGCAGGCAGCUGCAUCCAGCAGCCAUGAUGAGCACAGACUGUGGUUUGCACCUUCCCUCCAGGCGGCAGAAGCACCCAGCAUCUCCUUAACACUCCUCCAGUGUGUGUGUGUGUGUGUGU